GUAUACCACGUCCUCAUGACAUUUUCUCAUAAAAUCAUAACCUCGAAUUCGCACCUAAACAAAUUAUUCUCUUCUUCGUUUCUAGUUUACGUCUUCGGUGUGUCCGGAUUUUCAUCCAAGGUAAUCCAAAUUUUUGUCUACUGUAUUACAUUUAAAACUCAAUUAAUCGUAGCAAUGAGGACCAUAAACGCCAACCAAUCUGUCAAAAUCCCCGAUGGCAUUGAUGUCACAGUCAAUAAGAGGAUUAUUACCGUCAAAGGCCCCCGUGGUUCCUUAGAAAGGAAUUUCAAACAUUUAGCUGUUGAUAUAUACCUAAAAGGACCACGUCUUUUGACUGUAGAAAAAUGGUUCGGUACCAAGAAAGAAUUGGCUGCUGUCAGAACCAUUUGCACUCAUGUUGAAAAUAUGAUUAAAGGUGUCACCAAGGGUUUCUUGUACAAAAUGAGAGCAGUAUAUGCCCAUUUCCCCAUCAAUUGUGUUACUUCUGAAAAUAAUUCACUGAUUGAAAUCAGAAAUUUUUUGGGUGAAAAAUACAUCAGACGUGUCAAGAUGUCGCCAGGUGUCACCAUUACUAACUCUAAACAAAAAGACGAGUUAAUUGUAGAAGGAAAUGACAUUGAAAAAGUUUCUAGAUCAGCUGCUUUAAUCCAACAGUCUACAACCGUAAAGAACAAGGAUAUCCGUAAGUUCUUGGAUGGUUUAUAUGUAUCUGAAAAGACAACAGUUGUACAAGAGGAAUAAAAAUUGAUUAUUUCAUACGUUUAA